AUGUCGUAUGACAUGCGUCUUAGCCAUCACCUCUGGCACUACAUCCGCCAGGGCAAUUCCUCUAUCAAAACCAGCCAAAUUCGACUGGCCAUCGACCAAGGCCCUCCUUCAAUUUCUCAAGUAGCACUGACCCUAGAUCAAAGAAUCGCCUUCGGCGACUCCUACACUUAUGUCCAAGGAACCCUCGGACGCCAGAAUUACAGUUUCAUUGGAGACCAAUUCAACCUCGCAUAUGACGCGGAAACGCUGCUUUCCAACCAGAUAGUCCAGAACCAAACCGCAACAGCAGAAGGCGGCCCCAACUGGGUCGAGUAUCUCACAAAUUGCGGCGUCAACCAAGGCCUCACCUCACCACAACACUGCAAAAAGCAACUCUGGGACUUUGCAUUUGCAGGCGCCGACAUAUCAACCGAGCACACACCCCUCCACCACAACUUCACAGUCUCCCUAGUAGACCAAAUAAACCAAUUCAAGCAAUACGGCCACCCAGCGCUCGAACAAAGCCUACCAGACUUCAACCAAGAUAAAACCCUAAUCGCCCUCUGGAUCGGGAUAAACGACAUAAACGACAGCGCCAAAUACGCCGUCGACUUCCGAACCUUCUACAAAAGUCUCACAGACACACUCUUCGAAUCCGUAGAGACCCUCUACAGCCUGGGCUACAGAAGCUAUCUGUUCAUGAACCUGCCGCCGCUGAGACCGCACGCCGGGGAACCAAGCAAAGAUCCGAACGCCACGCAGGUUGGGUGGUACAAUGCCGCGCUGGCGGAUCAUGCGGCUGCGUUUGCGGAAAGCCAUAGGGAGGCGCGGGUUAUGCUCUUUGAUGCGCAUGCGAGGUUGGCUGAUAUGCUUGAUGAGCCCUGGAAGUAUGAUAUUGUGAAUACGACGGAUUUCUGUGCUGGGUAUGAUCAGCCGGAUAUUGCGGUUGAGUAUGAGAAGUAUGGGUGUCCGACGUCGUUGGAAAGGUAUUUCUGGUUUAAUUCGGGUCAUAUGACUAGCCAUGUGCAUGAGGUUUUGGCAGGGGAGGUGGAAAGGUGGUUGCAGAAAUAG